GCAGAUGAUGCUUCUUACUCUGCUUUAACGCUUCUGCAACUUUUAGGAAACGGAUUUCUUUCUCUGUGUUUGUUUUGUUUUUGUUUUUUCCUGCGACGCAUUUUGGAUCUAUAAAGUUUAUCAUUAUUGUUUUAAUUCGGGCUCAAUUAACGAAACAACAUGCCGCGGUCAUUUCUGGUGAAAAACAAACGGUGCGCCUCUUAUAACAUCCACCGCAGUUAUGAAGAGGAGCAGCCGACGGAGUUUGAAGACCAGGAAGUCCCGUCGCAGCUGCAGAGCACAGACUCAUCAGAGGAGCCCCUGUCUGAGGGGCCCUCCCUGCCCGCAGACAGGUGCUCCCCUCCGCAGGAUUCAGAGCCGCAGUGUCCGGUACCUGCUCACCCAGAGCCGGCCAGCCCGCCGCGGGGCCCCUCACAGCCCUACUACCUAACAGAGCCCCACAUGGCCGAGUUCCCAUCUUACUACAAGCCUUCGUACGCCUGGGAGCCGGUGUCGUCGUCCUACAAGCUGCGGCAGCUGAGCUUCAGCCCCACGGUGCUGCAGCACGCCAGCAGCCUGUAUGGCGGCCACAUCAGCCGCAGUCCGCCGCCGCAGCAGCCGCUGGACUGCAGCACGCACUACUCCCCCACCUCCAACACCUACCACUGCAUCACCUGUGACAAAGUGUUCUCAACUUCUCAUGGACUGGAGGUUCAUGUCAGGCGGUCGCACAGCGGAAUGAGACCUUUUGGUUGCAGCAUCUGCAGGAAAACCUUUGGGCACACUGUGAGUCUGGAGCAACACAUGAACGUUCACUCCCAGGAAAAAAGUUUUGAGUGCAAGAUGUGCGGUAAAUCCUUCAAGCGCUCCUCCACGCUGUCCACUCACCUGCUCAUCCACUCCGACACCAGACCAUACCCCUGUCAGUACUGCGGGAAACGGUUCCAUCAGAAGUCGGACAUGAAGAAGCACACGUACAUCCACACGGGCGAAAAGCCGCACAAGUGCCAGGUUUGCGGCAAAGCGUUCAGCCAGAGCUCCAACCUGAUCACCCACAGCAGGAAGCACACGGGAUUCAAACCGUUUGGGUGCGACGUUUGCUCAAAGGGCUUCCAGAGAAAGGUGGAUCUGCGCCGGCAUCACGAGAGUCAGCACGGCAUGAAGUGAAGGCGCCCGAAUGUUUGUACAUAUUAGAUUUCUAUUAAAACAACAAGUGUCAGGUGUGCCUGGGAUGGUAGGACUUCCUCAGGCAAACUGAAAUGUAAUAUAUAGGAAUUCAUCUUUAAGUGUCUGUAUAAAUGUGAAAAAUUGGUAUAAUUUUGUAUUUAUAUUUCGGUCACUGCAAAAACACAAAAUAUCACCAAGUCUUGUAGUCUAGUUUCAAUUCAAAUAUCUAAUGUUACAAAUCAGAAGCCGCUUCGCCGUUACCUAGCAACCCCAGGGAAGACCGGCCCGUUACCUAGCAACCUCAGGGAAGACCGGCCCGUUACCUAGCAACCUCAGGGAAGACCGGCCCGUUACCUAGCAACCCCAACGGAACUCUUUGAAAAUCUUCGUGCAUUUGAAAUAAGACAAACUAACUUACAGGAGAUAGGAGCUGGAUUUGAGUCAAUAAUUCCUUAAUAAGUUAAAUAAAACAUUUUAACUUAUAGAAAAAGAUUAUUUAGAUUAUUUCACUUUGAACAGAGUUAAGGAGUAACUACUUACCUUUACUCAAGUAAAUUUUUUGGAAAAAAAUUACUUUUUAUUAUGCUGUACUUUUUACUUUUACUUGAGUAAUUUUAAUUAUGAAGUAUUUCUACUCUUAUUUGAGUAAAAUUUCUGGAUUUUCUACCCACUGAAUAAAAAAUAAACUAAAGAGUCACCAGACACAGACCUGCAGUUUUUGUUAAAACUUCAUAAGUUUUUUAUUGAAAGAAAAUGAUUUGGAAAACUGAUUUGUUAUUUUUUGUUAUCUAUAUGAAUUAUUGUCAUUUUGGUUCUUAAAAUACCAAAGUUUACACUUAAUUUUACAUUUUACAUGAUUAGGUAAUUUCUAAAUAUCAAAUGAUAAUUUGAUCACUUAGUACUUGAGUAACUUUUUACCAAAUACUUUUUUACUUUAACUUGAGUAGUUGAGUAAAAUAUGUUGAAGUAAUUAUACUCUGCUGACAUCUGAUUGCAAGUAUCUUAAAAGUAACUUUUUUUUAGCAAGAUUCAAGAGCCUAUUUUGAAUCUUGCUAAAUUGGCUUUUUAUUAACAAAAAAGUUUAUUAACUUUUUUGUUAAUAAAAAAGUUCCACUUGCAGAUUAUUUCACAUAUAAUAUUGGAAGAAUGUAAUAAUCUGCUGGUGGAGCUAAUCAUUUUUAGAAUCAGUAUUACAGAAUUAUUUACUUAAAUGAGUUCUUAUCUUGCUGAAAAUGACUUGGAAGUUAAUUUAGUCUUAUUUUAAAUGUACUUGAACUAGAAAUUACACAAACAUACUUGACAGUAUUUUGUAUUUUUGCAGUGUUUGAAUGAUUCAUGUUGUUGGGGAUAAUAAACGAAUUGAUAUAAAUUGCAAUCCUGGAAAA